AUGCCCCUUCCAACCGCCCUCACAUCACUGAGCCCUCGCGAAGCCAUCGCUGAUGCUAUUUACCGCUGCGUCCGCGGCAUCGACAGCAACGACCGCACCCUCUUCGAAUCAGCAUGCUUGAAAACCGAAAGCAUGACCAUCGCCGUCGGCCCAACCGUCGUCCAAGGCUGGGUUGCAAUCAGCGAGUUCUUCGAGCGCGUCUUCCACAUAGUCACCACACACGUCAUCAGCAAUAUCCGCGUUGAAGUGCCAGACGGCGUAGAUACGGCGUCCUUAACGGCGCAUGCGAUCUCGUACCACAUGCGAGAGGAAGAUGCGCUGAAGGUGGAGGAUACUUCGUACACCGCGUCAUCCUUGUAUGAUAUUGAACUUGUGAGAGAUGAGAGUGAUGGGCUUUGGAAGAUCAAGAAGUGGGGGUUCCAGAUUCUGUGGACUACGGGGGAUCGGGCGGUUUUGCAUGGCUGA